CUUAUGGAGUCUAGUCCGAAACCUAAGACUAAAUCUCGCCGUAUUGGCAACUAUUUACUUGGAGAGGUAAUAGGCAAAGGAGCAUUUGGAGAAGUCUACCUCUGUACGGUAAUUGACCGUAAUCUACUAUCAAGCUCAAAGAAGAAGAUACUUAAAGAAGGAAAACAAUGAGUAUGAAAAAUUAUUAAAUUGAGCCCUUUCAGAGGUACUAAAAGAGAUAAGAUGGAACAAUACGCCAUUGGUGAAGCAAACUGUAUGAAAAUGAGCAAUCACAGGAAUGUUCUCAAGCUGAUCGAUAUUUACACGAAUAGAGACAAGAAUGAGAUCUACCAAAUUACAGAACUAUGCAAUGGAAAUGAUCUAUCAAACUUUUGGAAGCUCAAAAAGAAAUCUUUCAGCUUGAAUACAUACCAAUUAAUCAUUAAACAAGUUGCUGAAGGGCUGAAUUACCUUGACAAGAAGUUUAUUUGCCACAGAGAUCUCAAGCCUCAGAAUAUCUUCUUAGACUUCCCGGAAUAUGAAGGAGGAGGAAAAGUAGAUAAUGAGUACAUAUCAAAGUUUACCUCUGAGAAUUCAUUGAAUGAGUCAAAUUUCAGAGUCAUCGUGGGUGACUUCGGCUUUGCUAAAAUGAUUGAAGAUGGAGAUGUCACAAAAUCAAGGCUAGGAACACCAACCUAUAUGGGCCCAGAAUUAUACAAAACCAUUAUUAGUUAUGAUAGAUCAGUUGAUAUCUGGUCCUUAGGCAUAUAAUGCUGUACCAACUCUGGUACGGAUUUCCUCCCUUUGAGAGUGUUGAUAUAAACAGAGUUAAGUCUGAUAGUGGAAGCUACAGAAUAUCCAGCCAAAUAGAAUGUAUUCCUCUUCUGCUAGAUAUUAUUGACAGGUGAUUAAAAUAAAGAUGCUAAAGAUAGGAUCACUUAUCAAGAGAUAUUAAAGCAUCCCUUUUUAACUCAUCAAUCAGAGCCGGAAUUAUUAAAUAAAAUUGUUCCUCGAGAUAGAUACGGCAUUACUGAUGGACUUUAUCGAAGAGCUGAAUCUCCACAAAACUGAAGGGAUUUAAAUGAAUAUAAUUCUUUGGAGUUGAGUACUCAUAACCGUGAAAACUUUAAUUUAUAUUUUAAAGAAGCCCUGAAAAAUUUCGAUGUCUGUCAUAGCCAACCUCAGCAUGAAGAAGCUUCUGAAGAAGAAUCUAAAGAAGAGGUAAAGAACCAAGAAGUUGAUGAUAAGCAAGAAUUAAGCAACCUAAAGAAAGUUAAAGAACAAUCUGUCCAAACAGACAGGGAUCUUGGUCUAGAAAAGAGUAUAACACUAUCUAAAGAUAGUGAAGAUCAGAGCCAGAAAGAUAUAGCACUCAAAGAAGUGCCUAGUAUGACUUCCAAAUCAGAGAUUAUGGCUACAGGAGCAAAAAAGAAAAAGCAAAAGGGAAAGAAGAAACAGCCAAAGAAUAAGAGACCACAUAGUGAGUUAAAUGCCGAGAAUGAUGGAGAUAAUAUUAAGACUGAAACAAAUCCUUUUGAAGAGAGAAAGAAUCCAAUUUUAGCCGAAUGCGAUCCUAGAUCUGAGCUAACAACUCUUCCUUCUCUAAUAGCUAGCGGUGAGUCUCAUCCAAACGAACGUCAGGUUAACGAGUCUCUCCAAGAACUGAUGAACUAUCCUUCGGAAAAGAAUGAGAAUUCUAAUGCUUCCUAAACGAUGCCAGAUUUGAUAGAGUUUUAAUGCAAAGAGCAUAAUCCUAACUUCUCAGAUAU